AUGGGAGCGCUAAUCCGCUCUGCGCUGACCUCAGCGCUUGUUCUUGGUGCUUUUGUCUCGUCUUCGUGCAUUCCGGACCCUCCGAGCAGCUUGCUUUCAGAUCCUGCAAUUCUGCAACACCCGGCAGUCACGGCAGCGUUCAAAGAAGUCGACCGCAACCUUUCAAGCCUAUUCACCGGUAGUACACGCGACGGCUUCAGCUUUGCCAUUGUCCAUGCUUCCAGUCCCGAAAAAGCCUUUACCUUCAAUCAUGGGGCGCUUAAGAUGAAUGAGACAUCUGCCAACAGCAGCAUUCUGGUUGACAGUGACUCGAUCUUCCGGGUUGCCUCGAUAUCAAAGAACAUAGCUGCCUUAUCAGCCUUGAUUGUCGAGAAUGAAAGCAAGGCUAACGCCGCUCUCCCUGCCUUAAGCCCCAACUCGCCUGUUCGGCAGGCGCUUCCAGAGUUUGGGUUACCGGAGAAGGACUGGCAGAACGGUGGCAGUGAAAUCACUUUGUCAAUGCUUGCAACCCACAGCUCAGGCCUGCCUCGAGAAGGCUACCUCACAGACUUCAACAUGGUGAGGGGGCUUGCUAAGGCCGAUGCGGAGACUAUUGGUCCUGAUUGGGCGGAAAUAACCCCCAGUCAAGUCAUCGAGUCCAUUAAGCAACGCAAUUUGAUGUUUGCUCCAGGACAGCGAGCUGCAUAUUCGAAUGCCGGCGUUUGUAUCCUCGGUUAUGCCGUGGCCAAUUAUUACAACCUGCUUGCGGACACAAACUAUACUUGGUCAGAGUACGCCACAAAAAGUAUUCUUGAAAACCUUAACAUGACACACUCGUUUUUUGGUGCCAUUCCGGAAGAGUUGCUUCCAAAUGUUGGUGUCCCUGGUGGCCCCAACUGGGUGGACUUAGUGAUCGGCCCCGGCUAUGACCCAGCUGGCGGCAUGUGGAGCUCUGCAAACGACCUAUCCAAGUACCUCUACAACGUCUGGCUCUCCCCCACCCCGCAACUCAUCACCCCGACCCAGCGCCGCGUCUCCCUGCAGCCGCGCCUCACUCUCCCGGACGGCAAGCAGCAGGUCGGCUUCGGGUGGGAGAUCUCGGUGACCACCGGCCCCUCUGGCCCUCCUUCGAACCAAACCAAGACGUACACCGUCUACGGCAAGUCGGGCGACGCGGGCGGCUUCCACAGCUGGCUCGACGUCGUGCCCGCCCUCGGCUACGGCAUCGUCGUGCUCGCGCAGGAGAGCCAGCCCGCGGACGCCACCUACGUGCGCGUCAGCCCGACGCUCGUCCGCGACCGCGUGCACGCCAUUCUGCUCCCGGCCUUCGCCGAGGCGGCGGCGAGCAGCCUAGCGCAGCGGUACGCGGGCCGGUACGGCCACGCGCGUGAUGGUGGUGCCAUCGCGGAAGAGGUCGGCGAUAGCAGUAACAGCAGCAGCAGCAGCAACGUAACCGCGAACGCGAGCGGCGAGGAAGAGCAGUCAUUCGCACGCCUGGAGGUCGAGGGCGGCGCGCUGUUCGUGCGCGAGUUGCAGGUCAAUGGGACCAGCGCGUGGGAGGGCUUGGACCGGCUGGGGUGGACGCCGGAGAGCCAGUCUCGCUUCUUCUCGACGCCGGCCGGCGUGGGCUUGAAUCCGGCCGAGGGCGCGGGCGAGGCGGCGGAGUUUGGCGCGGGCGCGCAGGUUUGGCGGAUCAUUCCGGAGUUGGAUACGUGUGAUUGGUUUGACUUUGAUGGAUAUACCGAUAACAAUGGAUGGCCACUGAGCAAGAUCGUGCUUGUCGAGACGGACCAAGGUGUUGAGCUGCAUUAUCCGCCGUAUGAUAUCGUGCUCACGAGGCAGUGA